AUGUGCCGGUCGGUGGCACCAGGUUUUGACGGCCUCGGGGGGGCGGUGACCUUCGAGGAGGUGGCCGUGUAUUUCACCGAAGAGGAAUGGGCGCUGCUGGACCCCGCGCAGAGACACCUCUACCGGGCUGUCAUGCGGGAGAACUACGAGACGGUGACCUCGCUGGGUGAUGGGCUGGUGGGUGAGGACAAGGAGACGGUCCUUGAACAGGCAGGUCCCGAGGGAGUAGACCCACAGGGGACCUGUCUGGGAAGAGGCGAAACGGGUGUUCCCCAGCAUCCGGGGCAGGAGGGUCAGCCCAGGCCAGAGAGACUGCAGGGAGACCAGCUAGGGGAAGGAGGGAAGACAUCCCCUCUCCGAGAUGGAGCUGGAACGGUGACCCCCCCGAGGAUCUGCCCCGAAGCGAAACCGUCGGCCGGUGCCGGAGGCGGGCAAAAUUCCCGCGGGCCUCCACGCCGGACUGCUCAUCGGCGAGCAUGCCAGGGAGAGAAAAUCUACCCGUGCCCGGUGUGCGGGAAAGGCUUCCGCCGCAGCGCCAACCUCCUGGCCCACCAGAGCGUGCACACGGGGGAGCGGCCCUACCGGUGCGCCGAGUGCGGGAAACGCUUCAGCCGCGCUUCCAACCUCCUGGCGCACCAGAGCCUGCACACCGGGGAGCGGCCCUACCGGUGCGCCGAGUGCGGGAAAACCUUCAGCCGCAGCUCCAACCUCCUGGCCCACCAGAGCGUGCACACGGGGGAGCGGCCCUACCGGUGCGCCGAGUGCGGGAAACGCUUCAGUUGCGGCUCCCACCUCCUGACGCACCGGCGGGUCCACACCGGGGAGAGGCCCUAUCGGUGCCAGGACUGCGGGACAAGCUUUAGCUGCAGCUCGCACCUCGUGGCCCAUCGGCGCGUCCACACGGGGGAGAAACCCUACAGAUGUCUCGACUGUGGGAAAAGCUUCAGCUGCAGCUCCCACCUCCUGGCCCACCUGAACGUCCAUACGGGACAGAGGCCCUAUAGAUGCGUCCUUUGUGGGAGGAGCUUCAGCGGCCCCUCCAACCUCAGUGCUCAUCAGAGAGUCCACAUGGGGGAGAGACCCUAUACGUGCCCCGAAUGCGGGCGAAGCUUCGGCCGGAGUUCGCACCUCCUUGUCCACCAGAAAGUGCACGGGAGAGACGAGGCGCUCUCGAGUCUCUUCCGGCCGGGGGCGGAUUUUUGCCACCCGUGUGCGGAAUAAUUUGUUGUGCACCACGGCACAUGCAAAUGUGCACCACCACCAGCUGAGUGGUGGGCAGCUCUGCUAAUCAGCUGGGUGCCAGGUGCAUGUUGGGUGAGGGUGGGACUCGAACCAUCGAUCUCUGGCUCUAAGGCCGGGUGGGAGAGACCCUAUGCGUGACCCGAAUGUGGGCAAAGCUUCGGUCGGAGUUCACACCUCCUUGUCCACCAGAAAGUGCAUGGGAGAGACAAGGCGCUCUCGCGUCUUUUCCGACUGGGGAUGGACUUUUGCCACCCAUGUGCGGAAUAAUUUUUUUCAGCGUGCCGAGGCAUGUGCACCACCACAAACCGAGUGGUGGCCAGCUUUGCCAAUCAGCUGGUGGCCUGAGUGGCGGCACAAGCCCCCAGCUCACAGGGAACCCUGGUAGAAGAGAGACCCUAUACGUGCCCCAAAUGUGGGCGAAGCUUCAAUUGGAGUUCCCACCUCCUUGUCCAGCAGAAAGUGCACGGAGAGACAAGGCACGCUCUAAUUUUUUCCUCUUGUGUGUGGAUUUUUACCACCCAUGUGCAGAAUAAUUUUUUUCAGUGCGCUGAGGCAUGUGCACCACCACAAACCAAGUGGUGCGCAGCUCUUCCCGUCAUCUGAUAUCUCUCCUGAGAGGCCACACAAGCGCCCAGCUCCCAGGGAAUCGGGGGGAGGGAGGCCCUAUAGACCCCUCGACUGUGAGUAAAACUCAUUUUCCAGAGCCCGGCCCAUGAAUAAAACGUUUGUGGCUUUCCCUUCGC